AGACACUUCUUCAGGAACAUGGGCUCCAUCAUCACCUACGCCUUUCUGGGCACGGCCAUCUCAUGCUUCGUCAUCGGGAAUCUGAUGUACGGCGUGGUGAAACUGAUGCAGGUUUUGGGACAGCUGACGGACAAGUUUUACUACACAGACUGCCUCUUCUUUGGUGCCAUUAUGUCCGCCACUGACCCAGUGACGGUGUUGGCCAUCUUCAACGAUCUGCACGCUGAUGGGGAUCUCUACGCUCUGCUGUUUGGAGAGAGCGUGAUGAACGACGCCGUGGCCAUCGUGCUCUCCUCCUCCAUCGUGGCGUACCAGCCCAGCGGAACGAACACUCACAUGUUCGACGCCGCUGCCUUCUUCAAGUCCGUCGGGGUCUUCAUCGGGAUCUUCAGCGGCUCCUUCGUGAUGGGAGCCGCCACCGGAGUCGUCACCGCUCUCGUCACCAAGUUCACGAAGCUGCACUGCUUCCCGCUGCUGGAGACGGCGCUCUUCUUCCUCAUGUCCUGGAGCACCUUCCUGCUGGCCGAGGCCUGCGGGUUCACAGGUGAGCUGAAGGGCAAAUAA